UACAAUAAUCAAAAAAUUCUCUCACCGAUACACAAAUAACGAUGGUAGCGUUGAAUACAUGUAUUAUAUCCGAAUGAUCAUUAAUUUCCAAAAAAAACAUGAACAGCUCUAGAUUCGCUUUACAGUCUGCAUGUGCUUGUUGAUAUUCCCCAAGUUGGAAACGAUCUGGACACAUAUCCACAACAAUUAACGCGCAACUGGAUGAUUGAUUAUGGUGUAUUUGGAAAAACAACCAGUAUAUUAUUAUCAUACCGCUUUUGAUAUCAAACCGGAUAAACUGGUGUUGAAUGUUGAUAUUGAUGUGAAUGGUAAAAGAUUUAUUAACUCCACUUCCAUGAAACCGUCAAUGUUUCCUCUUCCCGGCAAUUAUUUCAAAAAAAGAGUGACGACAAAUACGUAUUUUUUGGAGGAACGGGCGUUAUAAUAACCCCUGUCAAAUGUAAAUUGGCAAAGCUCUAUUUUCACACUUCAGAAUUGGGAUUUAAGGAUAAUUUGUGGUUUAUCAUAGAUAGCUUGGAUAUUGCAACUCAACGUUCUAGAUCAUACUCUUACGCAGGAAAUAAGUUGGCAUAUCAGGUUUUGUCUCCAAAUCUAUAUUUUCACUUUGGCGUUAUAAUAAGAAUAACAACCCGGACCUCAAGGUCCCAAUAAGCAACGCUGAUUUGAUGGCUUUGUUUGAAGUCACCUCGUAAGCAAAUUACCACUUUUACAAGGUUAAAAAAAUAUAUAACAUAACUGUAUAACGACUAAAAAGGAUAUAUUCCACUUCAGUCACAUUGAUUCAAAUACCGAUGUAGAAAAAUUAAAGCAAAUCAAGGAUCUCUACGCAUAUAUAAAAAUUCUCAAAAAAGAAACCAAAAAAUAAAUUAGCUGUGAAUAUGUCAAGUGUUUUGCUCGCCAGCGUAGGGGUAAUAACAGAUGGUAUAACAUUGAACCCAAUUGCGCUAGGUACUUUAACAACUGCCGGUAUACUACUAAAAACUUAUCAUGAAUUAAGAAACAUGGGGUAUAACCGAUUUACUAAAAUUCAGCAACACAUCGUAUGAAAAAGUCUUAACCAAUCUCAGAGAAGCAAUGAGGGGUGGUGAAUGGGAUUACAAAAAAUUCACAUCUAAGUAAACUUUAUUUAAGGUCAUACAAAGGGGGAUUCCCCGUUAUAUGACUUCCUGCUUUCUAGGAAUCGCCCAAGGGCUCACUUGUUGAUAAUUUUGUGAAUAUCAUCCUUAAUUAAAACAAAAACAGUGUUCCACCAUUGAUUAUAAUAUUUCAAUGUCUUUUUGAUUUCGAGAGUGGGAUAAAUUUAUAUUCCAUUCCUAAGCUUGAAAUAACUGCCUCAAAAUAAACCCAAUAUUUAUCAUACGCUUACGGCCAUUGUGAAGUUGUGGUAACACUUGAUCAAUCAAUUUGAAAAUGUAAUAUGUCCCAUGUAGCAUAACUAAUUUCAAUGCCAUGCUUUUGACAUAAUGCAUUAAGAACAUUCUCAAUAUAAUAUUUUCGGUGAUAGAUAGAUUGUUUUCCUAUUUUUUACCUAUUUUCAUAAAAAUCCACAAAUUCAGUGGCGAUUAAAUGACCACUUACUGUGCCGCAAUUUUUACACACCUUAUAGGUAUCAUUUAUUAAACCUGGACUAUCGCAACGGGGUUUUUGAACACUUUUAGUUUCAACCAAUUUUUUAUUACAAAAUGGACAUUCAAUGUGGCCAUCUUGUAUAAACUCGAAAUGAAGCACUUCACAAUACAUCUAUAAUAGUAUAUAAGAAAUUUAUUUUUAAACCAAUUUACCUCUGACAUUGCAUAGAACAGACAUUAUAAUAAGGAAAAAAACCCUUAUAGGGGACAAAAAUUGCAUUCCAAAUUAAAGAAAAAAUUGAAUUGGAGUUAAAUAUAAAGUUCGCUUGAAGUGGUAUUAAAACGUACUGCGAGAGGGGUUUGUUAUGUGCAGCAAAAACGUGGGGGUUACACCAACUCUCAACGUACCCUGCUAACAUAACUUGAAAACUCCACGAGGUUAUGUUAACUUGUAAUAUAAUAAAAACCUAAAAAAAGGUAUCAGACUGUUGAGUAGAGCUUCAAUUACACUGAGGACCACUCGAAAGAGGAUGGCCAGAAAAAACCAGAGCGAGGUGUGAUAGAAGUGCUGGUUCAGUCCAAAGCCUAGGGGAACAAAAAAAACAAAAACAAAAAAGUGUAGAAACUCCAAAGAUGGCUAGCCUAGGACAACGGGAAGAUGGAGGAAAAAAAACAAAAACAAAAAAAACCUCUCAGGAGGGUGUGGUGGGAUAAAAACACCAAAAUUAAUAAAACCUUGCCGAGAGGUCUGAUCGCCACCAUUUUUGUUUGUUUGUUUGUUUGUUUUUUUUCUGUAAUGUUAUUUUACCUUAUGGCCACCCAAGGUCAAGGUUAAAGUUGGGGGUAAAACUUGGUGGAUGAAGUUGGGGGUAUAUAGGAAAAAAAUUAAAAUGAUCUUAUACCCCCAAUUCCUAUACUUAGAAUAACAAGUU